GAAAGUAGCACGUUAAACUUGUUGGGCACUCACUAGUUCGGGAGAGAACCGACGAGAAGGAAGAAAGGUUGAGGAAAAAGAAGAUGAAAGAGACUGUUAGAGUCGCCCGGGCGAAAUUCUUGAACCCCACUAGUGAUGCAUUGACCACAGCUAAUGCUUUGCGGUGUUUUGAACUGGCUACAAAUCCUGUGGCAUUCUGUAGUGAAAAUGGAUUGCACCUAAAGACCAUGGAGGAGAUGUCAAAACUGAGGAAGCAACUUCUUCACCUCGUGUUCAACUCAAAAGUAUCUGGAUGUCAAAUGGACCCAAACGGUGAAGGGCCGCAGGAUUUCUCAUGGGGUCAUGGAACAAUUGAGGACGUAGAAGCUUCUUGGAAGGAUUGCUCUGGCAAUCACAAGUCUCUCCAACUGAAUGAAGAGGAGAUACUGGGGCAAGCUAUCUUUGCAGGCUGGCCUGACCGGGUUGCCCGACGAAUCAAACGAGUUUCAGGUCUGUCCCAAGAAGAUAUGAAAGCGACUUCGGUCCGUUACCAGGCUUGCAUGGUAACCGAAACCGUAUUCCUCCACCGUCGGUCGGCCGUUUCAAAGUCGGCACCCGAGUUCCUAGUCUACAGUGAACUCAUGCAUUCAAAGAGGCCGUACAUCCACGGGGCAACGCGCGUGGAAGCAAGCUGGCUUGUCAAAUACGGUCAGUCCAUGUGCCAAUUUUCUGCCCCGCUAUCCGACCCAAAACCGUUUUACAACCGUUUGAUCGACGAGGUCCUCUGUUGGGUCAAGCCUACUUUUGGGACCCACUUGUGGGAGCUCCCGCUCCAUUCUCGGCCCCUUGAAGGUAAAGCGGAACGGGUAACGGUCUUUGCAUGUGCAUUGCUUGAAGGUAAAGUCUUGCCGUGCUUGAAACCUGCGAGGAAGUUCAUGGCGGCCCCACCGGGUACCAUUUUGAGACCGGAAGCUUCGGGCAUUAAACGGGUGGGGAAUCUCUUGAGUAGAAUGAAGAGCAGCAGGGCGGGUCGAAUCGACAGUCGUGUCGCGCUGAAGAAAGUGUGGGAGACGAACCCGAAGGAACUGUUUGGGGAAAUAAUGGAUUGGUUUCAGGAAGGGUUUCAUGAGCAGUUUGAGUCUCUCUGGGAACAAAUGCUUUCUGAAGUUCGUAUGGAUCCCAGGGAUUUCGUCUCCAAGAAGAAAAAGAAGGUCCCAAAUUGACUUCAGUUCCAGUCCACGGUUUUGUUUAAUUAGUUGCCAUUAUUUUUAGGUAUUUGUUUGGGUUUUUGGAUUUUGUAAUCGAGCAUUUAAAUUAUUUGUAAUGUUCAUAAAUAUCGUUUUGUUUU